GCCAACAGCGAUGGCGCUUGUGCCGUGACCCGAGUGGACUUGAGGCUACAGAGGAUUCGCUUGCCUGCUGGGCCCGCCUUCUCCUUCCUCGGUUUGCGUUUUCUAUAUUUAAACCUCCUGUAGUGCAUAUCCCUCAUCUUGCGUGGAAUUCUAGAAAGUGCUUCUGGACUUUUUUGGAGUGAGGAGGAGGAAGAGCGGGAGAGAAAGAGAGUGAGAGAGAGAGCGAGAAGGAGGAUGGGACAGGUAGAGUUUGAUCGAGUGUGAGGGUUUGGGAAGUUUUGUAUUGUGAGAAUUUGUGGUGGUCUUCCUUGGGUAAUGGCGGCGUUAUACUACUAUAGCGAUCCUAGGCCGUUCCACAGCUUCCAGCCGCUUCAGCCUAGUAGCUCGCUUGAUUAUUGGUUUUAUCCGAACAAGGAUUAUCUGCAGCACACGAGUGAGCAAUCCAAGAAUAAUAAGGAGAAGAAAGACGAGAAGAAAGACGAAAAGAAAGAUAACAAGAAAGAGGAGAAAAAAGACGACAAGAAGGGUGGUGAGAAGCAGGCAGAGAAGAAAGAUGACAACAAGCCGAAGACCAUCGAAUUAAAGGUGCCCUUGUGCUGCGAAUCGUGCGCUCGCAAAGUGAGGAAAAGACUCGGAAGGUUGGAUGGGGUCCAGAAGCCUGUGAUUUGUGACCUGUAUCUCAUGAAGGUGACAGUGACAACCACUGCGAAACCGGAUGUUGUUCUGAAGACAGUGCAGAAGGUGAAGAAGGACGCCGAAAUAUGGCCGCAACAGAAGAAAUGAAGAGGAGUUAAGUCCUUUUUUUUUGUUAUCGUUUUGAACAGACUUAUAGCCACUUAGGAUGAGCUUUGGAGCACGCGAUCGACUGUAAGAGCAGGCAGUAGUACUUGUAUAUGCUUCCCGUUGCGUCGAAUCAUGGUUCUUGAUGUGAUAGUCCUGGGAUUUUGCAAUAGGUACUUGUUUAAAGAACAGAAUCAAGUGGACUACGACCUAGUCAAUUAGGUUCGCGCGAACAUCUUGCUGAAUGCGACUUCAGCACUUUUGUAGAUAAUUUAGCACUUGAAAGGUUCAUUCUCUAAACGAAAAUGCAUUCUUCAUAGUCCUUUCUAUUUUUAGAUGUGUGUGUUUCUAGCAAGAAAUUACUCUAAGUUCAUCGUUGUUAAGAGUGCUCAGAGGUAGUUUUCUAUAUUGUGUGCAUGCUUAUGUCGCCACCGUGAUUUGGAAUUUGAAUAGAGGAACAGUUCUGAUUCAUUUCUCAUCUGAAUUGUUUUGUUCCUCAAGUGUUCCACAAA